AUGUGCCCAGGUGUGGGCCAGGGUCGAGACCGAAACGGUCCACGUACGAGGACUAGGGUCGAGACCGAAGCGUGUCCAAGUACAAGGACCAGGAUCGAGACCGAUGAGUGCCCAGGUGUGGGCCAGGGUCGAGGCCGAAACAGUCCAGGUACGAGGACUAGGGUCGAGACCGAAGCGUGUCCAGGUACGAGGGCCAGGGUCAAGAUCGACGUGUGCUCAGGUGUGAGAACCAUGGUCGAGAUCGAAGUAUGCCCAGGUGCCAGGAGACGCGUCAAGACCAAAGUGUGCCAAGGAGGACCAAAGAGGUAUGAGGGACAGAUGGCUCUCCGCUGGGGUAUCAUUACGGCAGGAAAGAUCAGCCAUGACUUCGUGAACGCCUUCAACUCUUAUCCCGACAAGGGGGACCAAGUAAUAGCAGCAGUUGCAGCUCGCAGCGCCACUAAAGCGUCGGAAUUCGCUAAACUCCACAACAUUCCCAAAGUAUUUGAAUCCUACCAUGCUAUGGUUGUCACUAAUGAAAUCGAUAUCGUGUACAUCGGCGCAUUGAACCCUGACCAUUAUGGGCUUGCCAAGAUGUGUCUCGAAAACGGCAAACACGUCUUAUGUGAGAAACCACUCUGCCUUAAUUAUAAGCAGACCGAAAGUAUUAUACGGCUCGCGAAGAAGACUAAUUUGUUCUUAAUGGAGGCAGUCUGGUCAAGAUUCUCGCCCAUAUAUUUGGCUUUGGAGAAAGAGAUAAAUUCGGGCAAACUUGGGGAUGUUCACUACGUCGAGGUCAACUUCGGUUCGCCGAUUUCUGCAGUGCAACGAGUAUGUAUGAAAGACUUGGGGGGAAGCGCCGUUCUUGACAUCGGCAUUUACACUCUUCAGUUUGCUCAAUUCAUAUUCAAAGAGGAGCCAACCAAGGUCACGGCGAUAGGGGAGCUUAACGAAGAUGGUGUCGACUUGGUCGACACGGUUGUCCUCGAUUACGCGGGCGGCAAAAAGGCUGUUCUUAAUAUAAACUCCAAAGUGAGGCUCAUAAACAACGCAACGGUAUAUGGAAACAAGGGAAGGGCGACGAUCGAAGAUCCUUUCCACUUCCCGACAAGCAUGAUUCAUGCAGAUGGAUCGACUGAGAAGAUUCCCCUUCACACCUCGCCAAUCCCGUACAAUUUCGAGAACAGUGCGGGUUUGGUUUUUCAAGCGCUUGAAGUAGCAAGAUGCAUAAAACAAGGACUGAAAGCAUCGCCACGGAUGCCGCACAAAGAAAGUCUUACAUUGGCGAAACUGGAGGACGAAAUUCGGCGACAGGUUGGUGUAAAGUUUGAUGUGGACAGUGAAGAGUAUCCU